AUGCUGGAAAAGGGAGAGCAGGAAACCAUGGUAGAGGAGCUAAAUAACAAUUUGAAGGAAGUACCACAAGUAACCUUCAACUUGAAGACUGAUCACUUUGUGCUGGUUCAUGGCAUAAGUGGAGGGGCUUGGUGUUGGUACAAAAUCAGAUGCCUCAUGGAGAAUUCAGGCUACAAGGUUUCUUGCGUUGAUCUUAAAAGCGCCGGGAUCGACCAAUCCGAUGCGAAUUCAGUCUUUUCUUUUGACGAUUACAACAAGCCACUGCUGGACUUGUUGUCUGCUCUGCCUGAAAAUGAACAGGUAAUAUUGGUAGGGCACAGCGCUGGAGGGCUCAGUGUAACCCAUGCCACUCUCAUGUUUCCAAAGAAAAUCAGAUUAGCAGUGUAUGUUGCAGCAACAAUGCUGAAACUUGGCUACUCAACUGAUCAAGAUAUCAAAGAUGGGGUGCCUGAUUUAUCUGAAUUUGGUGACAUAUAUGAGUUAGGGUUUGGAUUGGGAUCCAAUAAACCUCCAACAAGCGCCAUGAUCAAGAAAGAAUUCCAACGAAAAAUCAUAUACCAAAUGAGUCCUCAAGAGGAUUCGACACUAGCUGCCAUGCUGUUGAGGCCUGGACCGCUCCUAGCAAUAACGACAGCCCGUUUUGAGGAGAAGGAUGAGGUUGAGAAAGUGCCUCGUGUUUACGUGAGAACGUUGCAUGAUCAUGUCGUAAAACCAGAGCAACAAGAUUCGAUGAUAAAGAGGUGGCCACCAUCUGAGGUGUAUGUUUUGGACAGUGACCACAGUCCCUUCUUCUCCACCCCAUUUUUGCUUUUUGGCUUCCUUGUAAAAGCAGCAGCUUAUGGUGGGCUUAAUAGUAGCUAG